GUUUGUGCCCUCUUCCGAGGCCACGAUCAUCAUCGUUCUCAUCGAAUACCAGAAGAAGGAACGAGAGUCUGGCAGCAGCUCCCUGUUCAAUCGCUCCACGACAUGGACGCCGCAGACAAACAUGCCGAUGACAAAACCCCGCCCACACCACCGAGUCGGCGUGGCUCCCAAAGUGCCGCUUAUAAGCAACCCAGUGCCGGCGGUACCAAUUGGAAAGGGCACGCCAAGGACAAGCGCUCCAAGGAGCGAUCCGAGAACGACAGCAGGUUCGACAGCGACCACGGAAGCACCGAGUACAGCCGGUCUUCCUUUAGUAGCACGGAUGCGCUCAAGCUCAAGUCACAGAAGAGCAGAAGAAAGGCCAAGGACAAAAUAGACGACACGGCUGCUAUGCCGACCCCGACAAAUGGAUCUGCUGUUAUCCCUGCAGCCGCGCUUCCAGCAUGCUUAUUGGAACCAUCUGUGAGCAUAAUACCGACGCCAGUGUUCGACCAAGAAUCUGGUGCGAAGCUGACAACGGUACUAUUCCAUACAACGGAGCAGCCGACUUCAACGAGAACGAUUCUUCACGACAGACAUCUCAGAAGUCCCCGGCAAAGGAAGACGGCGGCUUUCGCAUUUCGAGCAGUGGUUUUUACGGCCAUCGUGGUCGUCAUCGUAAUCGCGGCGAUUCUACUGAGGCACCGGGACGCUGCGACCACGGUGGUGUCCAAGGAUUUCAACAGUACCGAAGCAAACGAGGACCUAGGGGAAACGACCAGCCACUCCGCCAGGACCACGGCCACAGGGUCUGCAGAAUCCAGGAACCAGUUUGUCAGGACAUCCGCCACCGGGUCCGUAGAAACCACAAACGUGGCUGUCGGAAACGCUACUGAGGUUCCGGGGACAUCCACUCCCGAGGUGAUCACCACCACCGGCAAACUGAAAGGCGGUUCAGUGGACGUGUACGGCGUGAGACUCCACCGCUGGCUUGGCGUGCCCUACGCUCACUUUGAAAGUGGAGGCAAGCGCUUUCCCUCCGCACAGCCGGCCGUCAAAGCAAGCAGUCACGUCGCUUUGGAUGCCACCGAGUGGAGUCCGCCGUGCGCCCAGCUGGUCAACGAUACCCUGUUGGGCCGCGAGGACUGCCUGCGCGUGAACGUGUGGGAACCGGUGAGCGCUGCCAAGAAACCCCUGCUCCUGGCCAUGACGCAGGACUGGUUCUCGCGUGGCUCCAACAAUUUGCCCGAAUGGGAGCAGCUGGCUGCUAAGGCCGGUGCAGUGGUGAUGUCCCCGAAUGUGAGACUCGGUGUACUCGGCUUCCUUGGCCGAACAAGUCCAGAGGAGUUGGAUGCUGACCUGGCCAUCAGAGACGCCAUGGUCGCUGUCCACUGGGCACUGAAAAAUGCCGCCGCGUUCCACGCCGACCCGGCGAGACUGAUGCUCGUGGGCCACGGCUCCGGCGCCUACGUGCUGACCGCAGCCGUCCAAGCAAUGAAGCUGAGAUGCAUGCGAGCCGUGCUGGAGGGACCAGUUGUUGGAUCCGUGCUGCCGACAAACACAGACACCAUCAACACGUGGAUAAAGUUGGCCAGCGUUCUCGGUUGCCGCGGAGACAACGAGUCGGAGUUGAAGCCCUGUGUUCAGGAUGCCGAGCUGCCAGACCUGCUUGAAGCAGCGGCCAGCGUGACGUUCCGCUUCAUGCCUCGAUGGGACACGAGCAAAAGGCUGGUUAAACCCGCUGCCUUUCAGGUGCAAGAAGUCAUAGCAGGCGUCGAUGUCGACGAGAUAUGGGCCUUCUUCCGAGAACACGUCAAGCCGUGGGCCGUCGCCAGCGGCUGCGCCGUGACGGUGGUUGGGCUCUACCAUUGCACGCUCGAGUACCUCUUCACGAAUGGAACGUCCGCCUACAGGAACCUGCUGCACGCGUUCGAGCCGAAGAAUGAGUCGGACAUCGUGGGCCUCCUGGCGAUGUUCAUGUCCGGAUGCGACACGCACCGCAUAGCCCAGGGCGCCCAAAAAGCGGGCUACCACUACAUCACUGAAGGAUCCGGAAAGACCCUCUUCGAACCUCUUCUUGACGUGGAGGCCCUUGCGGCAUUUCUGAAGGACGGGAGCGUGCGAACGCGGAACGGCAUCAGUACCUGGCGCCCGGUGACGUCAACCGAGGAAGCGACUCACGUUGUCCUGGCCAACGGCACAGACGUAAUGGACAGCAGGCCCAUAUCUCAAGCGUGCCAGGACGCUUUCUUCGCCAAUUAGCCACCGGAUGGAAACACAGCUUCUUCCUAGUUUUGGGUUAUUUAAUUCGCAUCUGCCACGUGGAAACGUUUCUUUUUGUUCGCGUCUCAGAUGUUUUAUGUGAGGAACUCGUCGCUUCCAGGUUGCGUCAGCACCUUUCUGAUUUCCUCCACGUAUGGGUUUGCUCUUUUGUUUAUCUGUCACAUUCCCCUCCCCUUAUAUCUAUAGUUUUAUAAGACACAUGCGCUGACCGUUAUAUGAUGUCAUGCUUUAUAUGUUGAGUGCAGUUAAAAAAAUGACGAGUUCGGACAGCGCAGAUGACUACGUUUGUCCAUCGUGCUGCUAAUCGCAAUAAAGAUAAAACGUACUCAAAGUAGA